UUUCAGAAACGAAAUAGGCCAGUAAGAGUGACACACUGAUAAGCACUGAGUUUUCAAAAAGGAAACCGAAGACAUUUUGACUGUUGAAGACACAAGUCUGGCUGACAAGACCAAGCCCCGAGCAUGAACUCACAGACCAGGUCCUGCUGUAGGAGGAGCGGAGACUGAAGAAAGCAAUAAAGCUCAUCUUCUUUAUCAGGAUGGGCUGCACCUGCAGUGGCCCGAAGCAAGUAAAAGACGGCAGUUUCUACAAAGCCACACACAAAUCACAGGCCUCACAUUCUUCAAAUCACACGGGACAUGGUGGAAACACAUAUUCGGAAAAUGAUGACACUGUGUAUGUGGCACAACAUGAUUUCAAAGGAACCAACGACAGUGAUCUACCUUUCAUAAAGGGAGAGAAACUUAAAGUUUUACAAGAAAAUGGAGAAUGGUGGCUGGCGAGGUCAUUGUCAACAGGACAGGAGGGCUUCAUACCGAGUAAUUAUGUAUCCAGAACAGAAGCAUUUGAAAUGGAAAAAUGGUUUUUCAAAGACUUGAGUAGGAGAGAGACUGAACGACUGCUUUUAGCUCCUGGAAACAAAGCAGGCAGCUUUCUGGUUCGAGAGAGUGAGACCAGUCAAGGGUCCUUCUCGCUAUCAGUGAGAGAUUUUGUGCCCGAACAAGGAGAUGUGGUCAAACACUAUAAGAUCCGCUGUCUGGACAAAGGUGGCUACUACAUCUCCCCUUCCAACACGUUCCAGUCACUGCAGGAGCUGGUUAAAUACUACACUCGUAAAGCUGAUGGUUUGUGUCAGCGGCUCAAUGCUCCCUGUAAACCUAUGGCACCUCAGCAGCAAUGGGCACACGACGAAUGGGAGAUUCCCAGGGAGACUCUCAAAAUGGUGAAGAAACUGGGGGCUGGGCAGUUUGGAGAAGUGUGGAUGGGUUAUUAUAAGAACACACAGAAGGUUGCUAUUAAGACCUUAAAGGAAGGAACCAUGGAGCCUGAGGCCUUCCUUCAGGAGGCCAACCUGAUGAAGCAGCUGCAGCAUGAGCGGCUGGUGCGCCUUCACGCCGUGGUCACCAGGGAACCCAUUCUCAUUGUCACCGAGUUCAUGGUAAAUGGAUGCCUUUUGGACUUUCUAAAAACAGACGAAGGGAAAAAGUUAAGGCUGAAUAAACUGAUAGACAUGUCAGCGCAGAUAGCUGAAGGUAUGGCGUACAUCGAGAGGAAAAACUACAUCCAUCGAGACCUGCGUGCAGCCAACAUACUGGUCAAUGAGACCCUUCACUGCAAGAUAGCAGACUUCGGCCUGGCACGGAUCAUCGAGUCAGAAUACACAGCCCAUGAAGGUGCUAAAUUUCCCAUUAAAUGGACGGCUCCAGAGGCCAUCAAUUUUGGCACAUUCAGCAUCAAGUCAGAUGUCUGGUCCUUCGGGAUCCUCUUGACGGAAAUUGUCACCUAUGGAAGGAUACCUUACCCAGGCAUGACAAACCCAGAGGUGAUCAGGAAUCUGGAUCGGGCGUACAGGAUGCCACGUCCAGAAGGCUGUCCUGAUGAACUCUACGAAAUCAUGUCAAUGUGCUGGAAACAGAAACCUGAAGACCGACCCACUUUUGAAUUUUUACAGAACACACUCAAUGAUUUCUUCAUCGCCACAGAGGCACAAUAUGAGAUGCAGCCUUGAUUAAAGACAUUUUCUGCUGAUGAACAAGAUCCUUCAAAGCAUCCUGCAGAGUGAAAUGAGACGUGAAUGGAUAGAGGAUUAAUCACACAGGUCUCUUUUUUGAUUGAUCCAACUCAUUUUUUCAUCACCUCAAAUGGACUUUUUUUUUUUUUUUUUUUUUUAAAUUGUGAAUGUAAAAUCUAUUUAAAGUUUCUUCACUUUGUGCAUCUGAAAGCACUUCAAUACAGAGUUUAUAAACUGAAGCUAUGCCAAUUUCAAUGGCAUUUUGUUCUCCUGUGCUUUGACGUCAAGGCUGAUUCUCGGAAUAUGAAGAGAGAGAAUUAAAAUGGAUAUAUGAAGAAUGAAUAGAAAAAUAUGGAUAUUCAAAUGCAUGCAUCAUGCUAAAAGUCAGUUGGAUCAAGGGGAAAAUCAACAAAGGUAAAGUAGCAGAGUAAUCACAUGUGUUGUACAGAAAUAUGCAGCCUGAGAUUAAAUGCACCAUUAUUUGCACUUUUUUAAAAUUUCAGUCAAUCCUUCAGAUGUUGAUGGACAUGAAAACAUGAGCUUUCUAAAGACAAUUUACUCUUGCAUACAUGUUUUUAAAUAAAACAAUAUUUACUUUA